GACAUCCGCAACACGGUGGGCAACAUCCCCAUGGAGUGGUACCAGGACUUCCCGCACAUCGGCUACGACCUGGAUGGCAAGAGGAUCUACAAACCCAUCCGCAACAAGGACGAGCUGGACAAGUUCCUGGAGAAGAUGGAGAACCCUGACUACUGGCGAACGGUCCAGGACAAGAUGACGGGUGCAGACAUAAAGCUGACGGACGAGCAGGUGGACCUGGUGCAUCGGCUCCAGAAAGGGCAGUUUGGGGAUGUGCACUUCAAUCCCUACGAGCCGGCCAUCGACUUCUUCACCCACGAGGUCAUGAUCCACCCGGUGACCAAUCGCCCGGCGGACAAGCGGAGCUUCAUCCCAUCCCUCAUUGAGAAGGAGAAGGUCUCCAAGCUGGUCCACGCCAUCAAGAUGGGCUGGAUCAAACCCCGCAAGCCCAAGGAGGACACCCCAACGUACUACGACCUCUGGGCUCACGAGGACCCCAACUCCAUCCUCGGCCGCCACAAGAUGCACGUCCCGGCCCCCAAGAUGAAGCUGCCGGGGCACGAGGAGUCCUACAACCCUCCUCCCGAGUACCUGCUCAGCGAGGAAGAGAAGCUGGCGUGGGAGCAGCAGGAGCCGGCCGAGCGGCGGCUGAACUUCGUGCCGCAGCAGUACCGCUGCCUGCGCGCCGUGCCGGCGUAUCCCCGCUUCAUCCAGGAGCGCUUCGAGCGCUGCCUCGACCUCUAUCUCUGCCCACGGCAGAGGAAGAUGAGGGUGAACGUGGAUCCCGAGGACCUGAUCCCGAAGCUGCCGAAGCCGCGGGACCUGCAGCCCUUCCCCACCACGCAGGCGCUGGUGUACCGCGGGCACAGCAGCCUGGUGCGCUGCCUCAGCGUCUCCCCCAGCGGGCAGUGGUUGGCAUCAGGCUCCGAUGACGGCACGGUUCGCUUCUGGGAGGUGUGCACGGCGCGCUGCAUGAAGACCUUGCCCGUGGGCGGCGUGGUGAAGAGCGUCGCCUGGAACCCCAACCCCACCAUCUGCCUGGUGGCCAUCUGCGUGGAGCAGUCGGUGCUGCUGGUGAACCCGUGCCUCGGGGACAAGCUGCUCUAUGGGGCCACCGACCAAGUGCUGGAGUCCUACGUGCCGCCCGAGGAGGAGCGCGUGCAGCCUGUCCAGUGGGUCACAGCCACCAGCGAGGAGCACAGCAGAGGCAUCCGCCUGACGGUGCAGCACAGCAAGGCCCUGAAGCAGGUGACCUGGCACGGGAAGGGCGAUUACUUCGCCACCGUCGUGGCCGACAACAGCAACAUGCAAGUGCUGAUCCACCAGACCAGCAAGCGCUGGAGCCAGAACCCCUUCCGCAAGAGCAAGGGGCAGGUGCAGUGCGUCCUCUUCCACCCCAUCCGGCCCUACUUCUUCGUGGCCACGCAGCGCUACGUCCGCGUCUACAACCUCCUCAAGCAGGAGCUCACCAAGAAGCUGAUGGCCAACUGCAAGUGGGUGUCCAGCAUGGCCAUCCACCCCGCAGGUGACAACGUCAUCUGCGGCAGCUAUGACAGCAAGCUGGCCUGGUUCGACCUGGACCUCUCCACCCGACCCUACCAGCUGCUGCGGUGAGCCCCGGCCCCCCGGGGUCCCCCCCAUCCUUCCCUGCCCAUGCCUCAGAGCUCAGGGGCAGCGCUCAGGUUUUAUUCUUACCAUUUUCUAAAGCACUGACCUCCGGAGUCAGCUUUGUUGUGAUCCAUUUCAGCCAGUCAGUCAUCAUAGAACAUUCUUGCACAAAGAGCCCGAGUGACAAAUACAGGUUCACCCGAGGUGGGGGUUUCCCUUAGAAAAGCAGUAAUUAUCUUUACAUGGUUUCACCUGGCCCCUCAUUUUAGAAGCAAUGAACAAGAACGUAGUGUCCUAUACAAAUUCAUAAUCAACAUACACUCUGGAUAACCCCGGAGUUGGUGCUUCAGGAGCAGCAUUUCUGUAGGCAUGCUGGUACUGGAUGUGGUUGGUAGCGGUGACGCAGAGGGCUCAAGGCAGCUCAGGCACGAGUAGGCAGGUGGAUGGGUCCUACGUGCCGAGGGCAGCGAAUUUUGGGGAAGGGGCUGCAUGGAAGGGCCAUGUUUACGUUGUGGAUGUCCUUCAUGGGAAGCGUUCGAUAUCGAGUUGGACAGCGCUUUGGGCA